AUGUCAGAAAAUAUCUUUAAAUAUAAUUUCCGCAUUAAAUGGUCAACGUUCAUGGAAUUAGCAGAUGAAAUUGGACCAUAUUUAUACAAAAAUGAGACUUAUUUAAGACAGGCUAUACCAGUACAUAAACGAACUGCCUGUACUUUGUAUUUAUUGGGAUCUACGUCUGAAUUAAGAACCGUAGGUAACUUCUUCGGAGUAGGAAAAACUAUAGCUGCUGCAAUUUUACAUGAGUUUUGUAAUAUUCUAGCUGAUACAUGUUUUCAUCGCUUUAUUAAGUUCCCAACAACCGACGAUGAAAUUAAAGAUACAACAGAUGAAUUUUUAAUUAAAUCCGGCUAUCCGAUGUGUAUAAGGUGUCUUGAUGGUACAUAUAUUAGCAUUCAACCUCCAUCUGGAGAAGAAUGCGACUACUACAAUUACAGAAACACCACUUGA